AUGUCCCUGCGUUCGGCAAAUGAGCCUGUCCUCCAGGCAAUUGUCGAGAUCCUUCUCCCAUCAAGAUACUGUGUUCCAGAACUUUGUUUGGUAAUGAAUAGCAAAAAACAAAAGGGAUCAGGUCACUUUGGCUAUCUUGACAUUUUUGUUCUGGGAGGAGCUGAGGGUAAUAAUAUUAGUUUAGAAUUAAAGUACAUUUCAUUAACUGGUUUGAUAAGAGAUAUUAAGGGAAGUUCAAUGAAAAAAAUUGAUGCAAAUGAAUUAGAAAAAUUAGAUAAGAUUCUAGAAAAAGAAGAUGAAGAAACUUUACUUGGAAGGAAAUAUGUAUAUUGGUCUGAGGAACAAAAUAAGAUGAAACAAACAUCUAUACGUGGAAUAUUAAAUAAUGGAGUAAAACAGGUGGGAUUGUACAUGAAUACGAUUGCAAAGGGACAAGUCGUUGGUUACUCUGCUGAAGGAGUAUUGGAUGAAAGGAUUCAGAUAGUCAAAUCGGAUCCUAAUAAGUUAAAAGGUUUUGUAAUAGUAGUAAUUGGUUUUCGUCAUGUUAUAUCGAGACCUGUUGAAGACAUAAUGUCACACUAUAAAUAUAAUAAG